AUGUGCGCCUAUUUGAAGCAGGAAGCCCAAGAUGGAACAAUACACGUUUCCCUUGGCUUAGCAAGAAGUAGAGUGGCUCCUUUGAAAUAUGUAUCUAUCCCUCGUAUGGAGUUGACUGCAGCAGUUAUGGCAGCCCGUUUCACAGAUUAUAUAUUACGUGAGUUGAAUAUCAAGGAAGUUUGUUACUGGACAGACAGCCAGGCUGUUCUUAAGUAUUUACAGAGUGAUACCAGAAGAUUUAAAAUGUUCGUAGCUAAUCGUGUUUCUACUUUAUUAGACUUGACCAAAGUUUCACAAUGGAGAUACGUCAGAAGGGCUGACAACCCAGCCGAUGAAGCCUCUAGAGGUCAAGGUAUUGAUGAUUUCUUGCGAAAUAAGUGA